AUGUCAGAUUCUAACAGAACCGACUUCACCUCCCCCUCCACCUUCAUCCUACUUGGCAUUCCUGGCCUGGAGGCAGCCCAUGUCUGGAUCUCCAUUCCUUUCUGUACUAUGUACGCCAUAGCCGUGUUGGGGAACUUCACCAUCCUGUUCAUCGUGAAGAAGGAGCCGAGCCUCCAUGGGCCCAUGUUCUAUUUCCUCUGCAUGCUGGCCAUCACCGACCUGGUCAUGUCCACAUCCACCAUACCCAAAAUGCUGAGCAUCUUCUGGUUCAAUUCCAGGGAGAUCAAUUUCAGUGCCUGCCUCACCCAGAUGUACUUUGUUCUUUCAUUCUCAACAAUGGAGUCUGGAAUGCUUGCCGCCAUGGCUUUUGAUCGCUACGUGGCCAUCUGCAAUCCUCUGAGAUAUUCCACUACCCUGACAAACUCUGCUGUGGCCAAGAUAGGCCUGGCGGUGGUGAUGCGCAGUGGCAUACUCACAUUACCCUAUCCCUUCCUGGUCAGGCGGUACCCAUAUUGCAGAACGAACAUCAUCCCACACUUCUAUUGUGGACAUAUGGCUGUGGUGAAGCUGGCCUGUGCUGACAUUCACAUCAAUAGUUAUUAUGGACUGUUUAUUCUUUUCUCUGUGAUCGGAGUGGAUGUGAUUUUUAUUGCCGUGUCCUAUACUCUGAUCCUCCAGGCCAUCUUCCGCCUCCCCACAAAGGAUGCCCGGCUCAAAACUUUUGGG